GUGGAAUUUACUUCCUGAUAGCACACCCAGUCUACUUUCUAUUCAACCAACAUUUAAGAAUCUUGAAUCUCCACUCUUCGUAGCGAAGAAUGACACAGCUCAAAUGUUUUACGUCGGUCGAGUUUGGUGAUAGUGCUGCUACCCAUGUGUUUGAGGACAAGAAUGAGUUUGUGGGAUACGAAACCCUGGGGGCAAGGCCAGCUUCCACUAACUACGACACAUUAACACAAAAGGACCGGCAUUCAGCGCGAGACUCUCAGAACGAGGUCUCUGCCGUCAGUGAGGAGGACGGGUCUCCAUCCCAAAGUAUUACUGAGUCAGAGACGCACGAGGCUGCGUACAGUCAAAUCAUACUCGUGGAGGACGUUGAGGGACAAAUAGGCAGGUCUCACGACAACGAGAAGUUCGCCCUGGAGGACGUUGUUCCGGUCUACCCAUCCUCCCCCAGUAAAAAAUCGUCAUUUAAUGGUUAUUCCAACGUGACCAAUGCCUCACCAAAGAGAGCAUGUUUCCAACGCCGGACCUAUAUUCUUCUUAUCCUGAUCACCACGCUGGUCAUAGUCAUAGGCGUCACGCUCAUCUGGUAUUUCAAUGGUAAAUAUAGGCGUCACAUUCAUCUGGUAUUUCAAUGGUAAAUAUAGGCGUCACAUUCAUCUGGUAUUUCAAUGGUAAAUAUAGGCGUCACAUUCAUCUGGUAUUUGAGUGGUAAAUGUAGGCGUCACGUUUAUCUGGUAUUCCAAUGGUUGAUAUGGGCGUCACAUUUAUCUGGUAUAAUAAUGGUUAAAAUGGGCGUCACAUUCAUCUGGUAUUUCAAUGGUAAAUAUAGGCGUCACAUUCAUCUGGUAUUUCAAUGGUAAAUAUAGGCGUCACAUUCAUCUGGUAUUUGAGUGGUAAACACAGGCGUCACGUUUAUCUGGUAUUCCAAUGGUUGAUAUAGGCGUCACAUUUAUCUGGUAUUUUAAUGGUUAAUAAAGGCGUCUCAUGCUCAUCUGGUAUUUUAGUGGUAAACACAGGCGUAAUACUAAUACUGGUAGUGUAUUUUAUUGGUACAUAAUUUAAUUCUAUUUGUAACGCGCUUUCUGAUUGGCUAAAAAUUAUUCUAUAUCAUAUAAAGAAUGUUGCUUACGUCAUAGUAAGGUUAACGUCAAAAACGUAAAAAAAAUGUACUAAAGAACUAUAUAUGAUAGGAGUUGAAUUUGGCUCCCAUAAUACGCCAUUAUUCAUAGUGUUUCGGUAACAUUAAAAUGUUAUGUUAUAUUUUAGAGGAGUUGAUAUAAAAUAAUAUUUUUAACCUAUUUAUUUGAUUUAUUUGCACUCACUUGCAGUAUAUGGCGUCAGAAGUG